GGCUUCUUACCAGACUGCAGACUGCAGCUCCCACAGUACGAACUAUGUCGUCAUCAAGGUCCCUCUCACAAAACAUUCCAAGCUGUUUGUGGAAACUGGGCCGACUUAACCAUGUGGCAAUUGCAGUGCCUGACUUGGAGAAAGCUCAGUCCUUGUAUAAAGAUGUGUUAGGAGCUCAGGUGAGCGAGACUGUUGCUCUUCCUGAACAUGGUGUCUACACUGUUUUUGUGGAGCUGGGGAAUACCAAGCUGGAACUUCUACAUCCUUUAGGAGAGAAAAGUCCCAUUGCAAGCUUUCUGCAGAAAAACAAGACUGGAGGAAUGCAUCAUAUCUGCAUUGAGGUUGAUGACAUAGACGUGGCUAUGACAGAACUGAAGAAAAAAAAGAUACGAAUAUUGAGUGAAGAGCCAAAAAUAGGUGCACAUGGCAAACCUGUGAUUUUUCUUCACCCUAAAGAUUGCCAUGGAGUCCUUGUGGAACUCGAGCAAGCUUGAGCUGUAAUAUUCAUAAAUAAAACAAUAGAACAGUUGUGAAGUGACUGAGCUGGUGCUGGGAAUAUUGAUGUGGUGUUCAGCCUUUACAACUUCACUGUAGUUCCCAUGGAUUAAGAACAGCUUUUGAGUACUGAAACUGCUAUGGAUUUAGGGUUGUUUUCUUUUUGUUGUUGUUGCAGAUCUGAUUUUCAAAAUUAAUAUUUGGGCACUUCUUGAUUUGUGAUUCUAAAGAUGAUGCAAGUUACAUAUGUAACGUAGCAAUUUAUGUUUCAUUGCCUGUUUGCAGCAUGAUAUUACCUCUGUAACCACAGAAACUGUACAGUUUCUAGGUCAACCCACAUUAUUUUGUUCUACAUUUCAGAGCACAGACCCACUUCUCAGUGACAACAGUAUAGCUUAGAUAUUCCCUUCAGAACAAAAAGGAAA